CUUCACUUGAAUAAACUCCGCGUUACUCAUUGCGCACUUGUUGUGUGGCAUCUGGAGAAUCCUGCCUGAGGGCGUAUUGCUGAAACCUGCCUCACAAUCUGGUUUUGUUCUUAUAGACGAGUUUCAGUUACUUAAUAGUCGCCUGUUGAUCGUUCAGAGACUGAAAAUCAGACUGAAGUUGACUCGACAGAAAGAGAAGGGCAAAAUUGAACAGGAAUAAUGUGACCAGGAAAUGCGAACUGAUUUUCUUCUGUUGUUGUUUGACCGCAGCAAUAAAUCUCCAGGUUUACUGCCGUCAGGGGCUGUGCUGACAGCAUUAUCUUGUGUCACACAAGUCCAAGGGUUUUUCAUUUCUUCCAUCGAUCACAGUAUGGACGUAUAACUCUUCAGGUCAUUCACAAAAUGCUGAAAUGAACUGGGUUUUACGCAUCACUGAAAGGAAAUCAUCUCUAGCUGCAUAUAUACUGGAUUGAUGAACAACUUUCGCGAUGGGGGACGUCAGAGAGCGGAUUAUAAUGUGCUGUCAGAGCGCUUUCCAGUGUUUCAGAGACCCGGAGACUAGCCCCUCACCUGAGACCAGGAAGAGGCACCUUGAGAUGAUUAGAAAUGAGUUCGUGAAGAGCGGAGAGCUGCCGCCGAAACCGGUGCUCUAUGUGGCGCUUUACGACUACACCGCGCGCACGGACGAUGAUUUGAGCUUUAAUGCCGGGGAUAAACUGGAGCCCAUCACCAAAGGAGACGACUGGUGGUACUCCAAGGCAAUCACCGGCAUCUCUGCCAAUAAAAAGGGCUACAUUCCGGCGAACUAUGUGGCACCCGUGGAGAGCCUGGAUGCUGAACCAUGGUAUUUUCCAGAAACAAAACGCUCAGAUGCCGAGAAGAUGUUGAUGUCUCAAGAGAACAAGAAGGGAGCUUUUCUAAUCAGAAACUGUGAAAGUCAGCCUGGGGAGCUUUCACUCUCAGUGCGGGACAGUGUAAAAGUGAAGCAUUACAAGAUCAGAAAGCUGGAUAAUGGCGGAUACUACUUGUCAACAGCACGUAAUUUUCCAACGCUGAGGGAACUGGUGAAGCACUACUCCAAUCACGAAGAUGGCCUCUGCGUCCGUCUGGCAGAACCCUGUAAAAAAACAGUGGCUCCAGAGACGCAUGGUCUAUCCUAUAACACUGUGGAUCAAUGGGAGAUCGAGCGUUCCUCUGUGAAGCUCCUGAAGCAGCUGGGAGCAGGGCAGUUUGGGGAGGUUUUUGAAGGUUUAUGGAAUGACACCACACCUGUCGCUGUCAAGACACUCAAACCAGGAAAUAUGGACCACAAAGACUUCCUCAGAGAAGCUCAGAUCAUGAAGAAGCUCCGUCACUGCAAACUGAUCCAGUUGUAUGCUGUCUGCACUCGGGAGGAGCCCAUAUACAUCAUCACAGAACUCAUGAGCAACGGAAGUCUUCUGGAGUAUCUGCAGAAAGACAGAGGUGCAACCCUGCGCAUGUCUGAUCAGAUUGACAUGGGAGCUCAGGUGGCAUCAGGCAUGGCUUACCUCGAAAUGCAGAACUACAUCCACAGGGAUCUCGCGGCUCGCAAUGUUCUAGUGGGGGAUAACAAUGUGUGUAAGGUGGCGGACUUCGGCCUGGCACGAGUGUUUCAGAUUGACAAUGAGGAUAAUGUUUAUGAGGCCAAAGAAGGAACCAAGUUUCCGGUGAAAUGGACUGCACCUGAGGCCAUCAACGAGAACAAGUUCACCAUCAAAUCUGACGUCUGGUCCUUUGGCGUCUUACUGUAUGAAAUUGUGACGUUUGGACAGACGCCUUACCCAACCAUGACCAACUUUCAGGUGGUGCAGCAGCUGCCCAAAGGCUACCGGAUGUCUUCCCCUCCAAACUGCCACAAAUGUUUGUAUGACAUCAUGCUGGAUUGCUGGAAGGAUGUUCCCGCGGACAGACCCACCUUCGAAACGCUGCAGUGGAAACUGGAAGACUUCUUCGAUAUGGACAUCAACUCCUACGAUGACGCAAACCGAUUCGCCAAAUAAAAACAGCUUCACUAAAUGCAGAUGAGCCCUGUGAUGACAUUUUAGUGUGAAACAAAACCAAGUGCUAUAAUGUAUAUAAUAUUCUCGAUGUAUUGAACAUUGAGCGCUGUCUUAUGUAAAAACUGUAUUAGAUAAAGCUGAAUCAUGUAAUCGAUUUGAAUGUGAACAUACUUCUGAGCCGACAGCCUGGUGUUUAGACCUGGUCAUUUAAAGGGGACCUAUUAUGCAAAAAUCACUUUUAUAAGGGGUUUAAACACAGAUGUGUGUCAGCAGUGAAUUGAGAAACGCAUGAAGUGACCAGGUGUAAACAGGCGAAUGAGCCUGCACUUUUUAGUGAUGCAAGUUGUUCGAGUUUCUGAGUCUCAGAUUGGGACUUGUCGGACUUAUCAACUUCUCUCUCCCACUUCACUUCCAGAUUCUAUACUGUCUUAUCUCUCAACAAAGCCAAAAAAAGAGAGAGGAAAAUAAACUUUCAUCCCAAAUCAACAGCUGAUGUGAGAGAAUAACGCCGGAUUAAUCAGCAGCAUUAGGAUGUGUUGGACAGUAGUGGGAUGAAUGUUGCUCAGGAACUCUUGAUUUCUGUUCUGCUUGUUGUUGUUGACAAUUCAGAAACACAAUUCAGUUUUAGAUCAAAUAAAUGGGAGAUGCCCCAUUUGGUGUCUGUAUCAAGUUAAAUUUACACAAGUGAUUUUAUAUACAGAUGAAGCUUAUUAAAAUACAGAUAAAGUGCCUACUGUUCAAGUGGCUUGAGUAGAAAUCAACUGUAAAAGUAUUGGGUGAAUAAUGCGACAUCCCCAUUCAGUGACAUGUUUAUAAAUGUAUAAUAAAAUGAAAUGUGUUUUUUCCUGUCCUGUUCUUAUAUGAAAAAAUAAAUCAAAUAAAAAUAAACCAAUAAGUGA